AUGCCGUCCUGGUCGUCACGAUUACAUCCGGGCCCGUCGACGUCGAGCUCGAAUGCUGCUCAUGCGAACGUCUCAUCAGCGAUUCCAGUUGCAGAAAGGACGGUACCGAUACCCGUCAAUAACGAUGUCCCCGUCCUGAUCCCCUUCGAAACUCCACACCCAUCGGCUCGCCGUUCACACUCCCGCUCGAUCAGUCACCCGUUUCCUUCGUUGUUUGGAGGAGGCAACAGGAAGAACAGCAAGGGCGUUUCGAAGCAGGAUUUCUUGGAUUCGGAUGAUGACGAUGAUAUCGUCACCUAUGCCCCGGAUCCCAGGUCGAAUAGUCCGCGCAAAGCGUCACAGCGGCCGGGGCCUGCAGAGGAUGUCCACACGGGUAAAUGCAUGACAUGCGACUCUACCGUGAAGUGGCCCCGCGAUGUCAAGGUGUUCAGGUGCACUGUCUGUCUGACGGUCAAUGAUCUAGAGCCCCAUCGUGGCUCGGGGGACGCUCCGCAUCAUGGUCCUUCCGGCCGGACUGAGGCACCGGCGGCUAAGGGCAUCCACAGAAAAGCUAUCCCCAUAUCUGUUGAACGGACGAAGAGGAUUGUCGAUCAAUGCGUCUCGUCCUACCUUCAGAGACGCUUGGAUAUCCUCGAAUCGCGCUUGUCGUCUACGGGUGUCAACGGUCAGCGUUUCGAUAUCUCUCCUCUGUCUCAGGCAAACGGCGAACGCGGGGCAGAGACACCGGGUAAUCAGCGCUUUCUUACCCCGGAUGCCCAGCUAUCCACGUCGCCAAAGGAAACUUGGGGCUCUUCGGGUGGUUAUCUGUCUCCACCGAAGGAGCGCGUAGAUAUCCGCAAUGGGGAAGGAAGCCGUUCACAUCUCUCGCCAUAUGCCGCCGAUGCUGAGAGGCGACACCUGCGCAGGAAGAAUCGUUCGAGUUCUGACAUCCCUGCUGUGCCCGGGAGGGAUCGUUCACCAAGGGGAGCAGGUCACUCAGCAAACGAGACCUCACCGAGGGGGCCGUCAGACAAUCGCCCAUUGAUCUUCCGGCCGCUUGAGGACUAUAUUAUAUCAUGCUUUAGAGGCUGUGAAUGCCUCAGCAACUCAUUCUAUACUGCACGCUCCUAUUCUCAGACUACUCAUGAAGCCCCCGCACAACGAGUAAAAACGGAGCAGAACCCGACGCUAAACCCUCUACCUGAUCCCGCAAUGUUCGAGCCAGAUGCCAAGACUCUGCUUCUCGGAGAUGUUGCAGAGAACUCUACGUGGUGGUUAGGUCAGCGCGUCCGACGAGGCGAAGUGAACGACGCGAAACGAGACAGAUCUCCGGACCCGCCCAGACACAGCGUUUCUCCGAGAACGCCUCGAAUCGACUGGGCAGAGCUUGCAGAGUGGUACCGAACCGUACUGAGUGCGGGGGAAUCCUGGCAUGAGAAGUGGUCGAUGAUGACGCUAGGAGACACGAACACUGAUCGAAGGUCAUCCGGAAGUAAGAGAUGGGACACAAUAGAGCUAGACGUGAUAGAAAGAGAGAUCACUGAGGCCCGUUUGCAUGCUCAGAGGACGCUUCUGAAAGCAACAGAGAGUGUCCUCAAGCGGCCAAGACAGCCCCUGAAGACUCCGGAGGAUACCAGGUUCUUGCUGAUACUUCUGGCGAAUCCACUGUUAUACUCGUCUUCUUCUUCGUUCAGACGACCUUCGGCCACGCCAGCACCGCCCUCGAGGACUGAAGGGCAGCCAUCAAGGCCAAGGGGCAAUAACGCAUAUCCUUCAGAUAACCGUUCACCUCGCGGAGUGGCUGCCCCUAGAAGACCGAGAACGAGUGGGCCAGGCAAUCACUCAGGCAUCAUAAAGAGGAUCUUGGGAUUGAUAUCAAAUCUACCGAAUGAGUGCCAUCACUACCUGGUAUUGUGGUUUUCCCGUUUCUCUGAAGGUCAAUUCCAGAGGACAGUGGACCUUGUCGGUGGUUUUGUGACGUACCGUCUCAUGCGCCAACAUGGAAAACAACGAAGCGAGUCUUCUAAAGACGACAAUGGGUUAAUCCCCACUUUGCCUGGUCCCAUUGGGAAUACGGCUGCUCAACUGCAUGCUGCGCUUAGCGGAAGGAAUCAAUCGAAACAAAAGAAUGAUAGUGGUCCUAAGCCGGUAGUCUACGGAGAGGAUUGGCAGAUCAAGGCCGCCGCUAGGGUGAUGUCGCUCCUGUUUGCAGCGAAUAAUUCCAGUUUUUCUCGAAAGCAAGACGCCGUUUUUGCUGAUGGCCGAUCAAAUGCUGGUCUCAUUGCCCGAGGCAACGCGCAGAGUCGUGGCCAGAAGAUUCCUAUUAGUUCUUUUUAUAAUACUCUCCUCGAUUAUUCAGAUCUCGUGGCUGAUUUCGAAGCAUGGGAAUCACGCAGUGGGAAGUUUUCCUUCUGUCAAUACCCUUUCUUCCUCAGUAUUUGGGCCAAGAUACAUAUCCUGGAACACGAUGCCCGUCGACAGAUGGAAGUAAAAGCGCGGGAAGCUUUCUUCGAUAGUAUACUCAGCCGCAAAGCCGUGAGCCAGUACCUGGUUUUCAAAGUCCGUAGAGACUGUCUCAUCGAGGACAGUUUGCGUCGUGUCAGCGAAGUGAUAGGUGGCGGCCUGGAAGAGGUCAAGAAGGGCCUACGUAUCGAGUUCCUCGGCGAAGAGGGAGUGGAUGCUGGAGGUCUUCGCAAAGAGUGGUUUUUACUCCUCGUAAGAGAGGUCUUUGACCCCAAUCAUGGACUUUUCCUUUACGAUGAGGAGUCACAAUUCUGCUAUUUCAACCCCUACUGCUUCGAAUCUUCGGAGCAGUUCUUCCUGGUCGGCGUACUUCUAGGAUUGGCUAUAUACAAUUCGACUAUCCUCGAUAUCGCCUUGCCGCCUUUUGCGUUCAAGAAGCUUCUUGCAUCAGCACCACCAUCGAACGGGCCUGCUACCUCGACUUCGCGUUCGACGUAUAGAUGUACACUAGAUGACUUGGAGCAAUACCGGCCGUCCUUAGCUAAAGGCCUACGAGGUCUCCUGGAGUAUGAUGGCGAUGUGCAGGAGACAUUCUGCCAUGACUUUGUGGCCCAGGUGGAUCGCUACGGCGAGAUUCUCGAGAUCCCGCUGUGCCCUGGAGGCGAGCGGAAGCCGGUUACGAAUUCCAACCGGCGGGAAUUCGUGGACCUGUACGUCCACUAUAUGCUUGAUAUCGCGACCGCAAGGCAAUUUGAGCCGUUCAAGCGAGGUUUCUUUACCGUGUGCGCCGGCAAUGCCUUGUCUCUUUUCCGACCGGAGGAGAUUGAGCUGUUGGUGCGAGGAUCGGACGAGCCUCUGGACGUUGCGUCUCUCCGUGCGGUUGCUCACUACGACAAUUGGGCGAAUCCCCGCCCUGAGAAUGAGCCAGUAGUACAGUGGUUCUGGGAGCUCUUCAUGGGUGCGGAUGCCAAGGCGCAGAGAAGGCUGCUCUCGUUCAUCACGGGCAGCGAUCGCAUCCCGGCGAUGGGAGCUACCAACUUGACGAUCCGUCUCUCGUGCCUGGGAGACGACGUGCAGAGAUAUCCGACGGCGCGGACGUGUUUCAACAUGCUGGGACUGUAUCAGUAUCCGACGAAGCAGAAACUAGCGGCUAAACUGUGGAGCGCAGUGGACAACAGUGAAGGAUUCGGUUUGAAAUGA